CACUCCUAUCUGACAGGUUGGCACAUCGACAUCUCGUACACAGCGACGUGCAGGGAUGGAGCCGCGGCGGGCGGCCGGUUCGUUCAUCCUGCCCGCGGGGCCUGGCUCUCUCUGUUUCAACAAGGACGAGUUCCUGAAGGAUAAUUUUGAUGUGGAUCAUUUUGUGUCUGAAUGUAGAAAACAUGUCCAGUUGGAAACACUUCGGGAUGAUUUGGAACUUUACUACAAGCUUUUGAAAACUGCUAUGGUUGAACUGAUAAAUAAAGAUUAUGCAGACUUUGUCAACCUUUCCACCAACCUGGUUGGUAUGGACAAAGCCUUGAAUCAUCUGACAGUACCACUGGGUCAAUUGAAAGAAGAGGUGAUGAGCCUGAAGCUGGCAGUUAGUGAAGGGAUUCAAGCAAUAGAUGACCGUCUGGCAAAAGAAGAUGACAUCAGAAAGAAAAAGAUGUGUGUCUUAAGAUUGCUUCAAGUAAUACGAUCAGUGGAGAAAAUUGAAAAGAUCCUCCACUCUCAGUCAUCCAAAGACGUUUCUCCCUUGGAAACAAGUAGUGCACCCUUAGCUGGUCAGAUGCUGGAAAGGAUUGGUACGGAGUUUAACCAAUUACAUUUUCAUGCAGUACAAAGCAAGGGAAUGCCUCUUUUGGACAAAGUGAGACCUCGAAUAGCUGGGAUCACAGCUAUGCUUCAGCAAUCUCUGGAAGGACUACUGUUGGAAGGUCUGCAGACUGCCAAUGUUGAGAUUGUUCGUCCCUGUCUACGGACCUAUGCCACCAUAGAUAAGACAAAGGAUGCAGAAGCACUUAUUGGCCAAGUACUUGUGAAACCAUAUGUGGAAGAGGUAAUCAGUGAAGAAUUUGUGCAAUCUCCAGAAAAUGGUCUUAAAAAGAUGUAUAGCAAACUGUUGGACUUCAUUCCCAACCAUUGUCGCCUCCUCCAAGUGGUGACUGGAGGAGCAAUAACUGGUGAUAAGAACAAAGUGAUUCCAGGAUAUGAUUUUACAGUGAAUUCUGUCUGGCCAGAAAUGGUGCGAGGUUUAGAGGAAAAAUUACCAUCAUUAUUUAACCCUGGCGAUCCAGACACAUUCCAUGAGAAAUACACAAUUACAAUGGAGUUUAUUAGAAAAUUUGAGUGGCAGUGUGCAUCUCAAGCAAGUGUUAAAAGACUGCGUUCACACUCAGCAUACCAAAGUUUCCAUGGCAAAUGGAACCUGUCUGUUUAUUAUCAGAUCCGAUUCAAAGAAAUUGCAGGAAAUUUGGAGGCUUCUUUGUAUGAAGGUUUGAAGGAAGCACCAGAUGGAAACGAGUUCAGGCUUCAGGUUACUUGCAUUUUGUGGCAGAACCUUAUGAAAUGCUGGGAUGAUCGUGUCUACCUUCCUCCACUGGCUUACCGUUUCUGGAAACUGACACUGCAAUUGCUAGCACGUUACGUUAAGUGGGUGGACGAGUUGAAAACUGCAUCAUCAGACAAGGACCUUACGCACCAUGGGAUAAAACCUUUGUCCACCUUCAGCAACAACGUGUCAUCCUCUUCAAAUGGAAAUGGUGAAGAGCUGGGAAGUGGGCAAGCUGCUGAUGUGAAAACUGUUCCACCUCUCUCUGUGAAUCAACUUGUGUACCUUGUUGCUGAUUUAGACAAGGUUGAAGAGCAGCUUCCUGGCCUUUUAGACCUGAUUAACCCAAGACUAGAAAAGAUAGGGUUUCAGAAUUUCUCUCUCAUUUCUGAGGCACUGGCAGACUCUCAGACUUCUGUGAAAAACACUAUACCUGCAUUAAGUGAUAAGAUUGUUGAGGAAGUGAGCGAAGCCUGUUACAGUUAUCUUAAAAAUGCUUCAGAAGUUCCUCGGCUCUAUCGGAGGACUAACAAGGAAGUGCCCACCAAGGCUUCCUUGUAUGUAGAGAAUGCUUUGAAACCCUUGUACAACCUUCAGAGUCAAUAUAAAAGUGUCGUAAAAGCAAACAGGAUACAGGAGUGGUUAUCGUGUGCUCUUAGAAUUAGCACGGAAAGGUACUGUGAAACAGUUUCUGAUGUUCUAAGCUCUGUUAAAAAGAUGGAGGAGAGUCUCAAACGACUGAAGCAAGCAAGAAAAUCCGCAGCUCCAAGCAACAUGGGAACAAACAGUGGCAUCAGUGACGAUAACAAAAUCAGGUUGCAACUUGCUCUGGAUGUUGAGUAUCUAUGGGAUCAAGUGCAGAAACUGGGGCUGCAGAUGUCAUCCUUCACACAGUUUGCAGCUCUGCUGGAUGUAGCUCAAGCUGCGAAAGCUAUGGCUACAGUGGAGCCUGUCUGACAGACUGCCAAAGCCAGGAAGAAACAACAACUUCACUAUCCAGUGCAACUUCAUAACAAAUGGUUCUUCGGACCUGCUGGUUCACUACCACAGCUUACACCUCUACUUCGCACCGUGGGCGUGUUUUAAUCUGGGCCCCCCCCCCCCCGAAGUCAGAGCUGUGGUAAAAUAUUCAUGAAGGUGGACUGCAGCUUGUAAAUCUCUGAAGAUUGCUUGUGCAAUAUUGGUAUGGAGUUACUGAAUGGUAAUUCUUUCUUCUACUUGUAAAUAUCUGGAGAUCUGAACAACAUGUUGAGGUUACAUUGUCUGCAUCAGGCGAGUGCAAUUUUUAUUUUCACACAUUACAAAUAUGAUUGGAAUCAAAUCUCCAAACAUGAAAACUGUGGUUAUUUUAUCAAGGGUUGAGAAAAAUGUAAAGCAUAAUUGUAAUUUCUGCUAUAUCAAUGAUUUACCAACAUAUUUAAAUAAAUUAACAAGGAAAUCUGGAGAAAUUUCUUGUCUGAGUAAUGGUUUAAUGCCAAAUGUGGCUGAGCUAUAUAGUGGAUAGGCAUUUAAAAUACUGAGGUGUUAUUAAGGGAAGCUUCACUCAGUGGCCACUAUAUUAGUCCUAAUAAAGUGGCCACCAGUGCAUGUUCAUGGUCUUCUACUGCUGUAGCACAUCCACUUUAAGAUUCGACAUGUUAUGUGUUUGAGAUGCUCUUCUGCACAUCGCUGUUAUAAUGCAUGAUUAUUUGAGGUACUGUCACCUUCCUGUCAGCUUGAACCAGACUGGUCAUUCUCCUCUGCCCUCUCAUUAACAAGGCAUUUUCACCCACAGAAUUGCCACUCAGUGGAUGCUUUUUGUUUCUUGCACCAUUCUCUGUAAACUCUAGAGAGUGUUGUGCAUGAAAUUCCAGGAGAUGACGGUUUCUGAGAUAGUCAAUCCACCCCUUCUGGCAUCAAAAAUCAUUCCACGAUCAUAGUCAUGUAAAUCACAUUUCUUCCCCCAUCUGAUGUUUGGUCUGAGCAACAACUGAACCUCUUGACCAUGUCUGCAUGUUUUUGUACAUUGACUUUGUUGCCACAUGAUUAGAUUUAUUUUUACAAGACUGUUUAGUGUCUUUUUCACAGUUAGUGGAUAAAUAUGAUAUUGUGGCGACCCAUUUCCUGACGCAUCCGAACCGACUCACAAUUAGAUAGCCUACGGGGGUUUGCGAGCACAGAGCUUUGGAGCCUCUGUGCCAUGGGGGGCCGGUUGAGGGAGGCUUAAAAGUGAGGCUGAAGUUUUCGAAUAAAGUUUUUUCCUUCGACUGCA